AUGGGUGCAUAUAAGUACCUUGAAGAGCUUUAUAAAAGAAAACAGUCUGAUAUAUUAAGAUUUCUUAUGCGUGUUAGAGCUUGGGAAUAUCGACAACUCCCAAGUGUAACAAGGUGUACACGUCCAACACGUCCAGAUAAAGCAAGAAGAUUAGGAUACAAGGCUAAGCAAGGAUAUGUUAUAUAUCGUGUAAGAGUACGUAGAGGUGAUCGUAAGAAACGUGUAGCUAAGGGUAUAGUUUAUGGUAAACCAAAAAAUCAGGGUAUAUGUAAAAUGAAGAGUACCCGAAAUUUAAGAGCUUUAGCAGAAGAGAAAGUUGGGAAGUCAAUAUGUGGAGGUCUUAGAGUAUUAAACUCUUACUUCGUUGCUCAGGAUGCUACAUUUAAAUUCUUUGAGGUCAUCUUAGUUGAUCCAUCACACAAUGCAAUCCGUAAUAAUGCAAGGAUUAAUUACAUUUGCAAUCCAGUACAUAAACAAAGGCAACAGAGAGGACUUACAGCUGCUGGUAGAAAGAGCCGUGGCUUAUUAGUUAAGGGUGGUAAGGCAGCUAGAUUAAGACCAUCAAGAAGAGCUGUCUAUCGUCGUAGACAAUUCAUACAGUUACGUAGAUAUCGUUAA